AUGGACGGGUACCACGGCGGCUCGAAUGAAGACGGCGACUUCAACGACGGCUCCUUGGACAACGCUUCCGGCUACGGAGACGGCUCUGAAACCAGGGACUUCCUGUCCCAGGCGCCACCGUACGUCGGAUCUGGGGCCCACACCGGCUUCCGCAACAACUCCGACGACGUCUUCGGCUACGGCUUCGGCAGCAACGCGCCCUCCCUUAGCCACCUGGGGUUCAGCGAGCUGGACCUCAACGCCAGCCAUUCGUGGCCGGGCUUGGCUCGUUACCAGGAGAUCCUCUAG